GUGGAAUUUCCAAAUUCCAAUUCCCCAUCCUUUCCUUUCUUUCAUUUUCCCUCAAUCCAAACAGCACUUUAUCCAUUCAAUUUAUUUUUACGCUCAUAAUUUUUGUUAGAAACUUGUUAAGUUCAAUGCCAUAUGAGAUUGUGAGUUCAUUCAAUCUGUUAUUGCAGGUGAAAUGGGGAGAAUCAAGCAUGAUAGAAGCAGAGAGGUUGUUCCUUGCAGGUGCUCUAGAAGACCCGGCAAAUCAAACAUUUGUCCUGCUUUCUGACACGUUUGUAAAGCUUAGACAAGUUGUGUUACCCUUUACAGUUUUAGCUAUAUAUGCAAGUAUCUGAUGGCUUCUCCAAGGAGUUAAGUGGACAGCUUUCUUGAUGUAAAGGAUUGUAGAUGCAGCUUGAAGAUGUUACCUAUCAUCCCAAAAGACAAGUGGCGGAAAGGAUCUCAGGAAAGGAAAGCUGAAUGUGGUAAUUGUUCCAAGCCAUGAUUUCUAUUUUCUAGUGCAGAAGGCAGUCUCCCUUUGUUUGCAUAAUCCAGGUGUCUUGUUAUAUUUUCUAAUGUAUGGACAUCACACUGCCCUAUAAUGAGAUGCCACCAUAGUGGAAACGGUAGCCUGAUGGAUAAAAGGUUCAAAAGCAGCACAAUUGUAUCCCAUAUGAAAUAUUACGUGCAGAUAUUGUUUGCGGUAAGUAUCAAUAGUCAAUCUCUCCCCUAAUUUUUUUUUUUUUUUUCUGAAUUUCGCAUCCGUGUCAGUGUCA